CCAAGUCAUGGUUUGAAGUCUACAGACAGUUUUACUUCUAUGCCUUCUUGUACCCUACAGAUCAAAUCCAUUAACUGAAGCUCAGGCAGCAACACCUUCGGAAGGAAAAUCAUGGGGUACGGUAAUUCAAGAUCUGUAAGAUUUCAGGAUGAUCUUGAUGGAGCAAAGGUCCCCACAAUUAAUGAAGAUGGAAUGAUUAAGUUUAAAUACAAUAUUGAUGGAACACAGGCACCGGAGUUUAACAGGAAGAAGGGGGAGGAGUUGCCUGGGAGAACUGGAAAAUUAUUGAAAGCUAAAGUAUUGUCCAGAGUUUUCUCUGAGGACUUUGACAGAGUGAAGAAGAAGAUAUUGGAUCCUCGAGGACCAUUUAUUCGAAGAUGGAACAAGAUCUUCCUAGUAGCAUGCUUAGUUUCUUUGUUCGUUGAUCCCCUUUUCUUUUACUUGCCGAGAGUUAGAGAUGAAGUCUGCAUUGAUAUUGGAAUACUGCUUGAAGUUAUACUUACCAUUGUUAGAUCGUUGGCUGAUAUAUUCUACACAAUUCAGAUUUUCAUUCGUUUUCGAACAGCUUACGUCGCUCCUCCUUCUCGUGUAUUCGGGAGAGGAGAGCUUGUUAUAGAAUCUGGGAAGAUUGCUUCAAGGUACCUUAAGAAAGGCUUUUGGAUUGACCUCAUUGCUGCCUUACCCCUUCCUCAGGUAUUGAUUUGGAUUGUCAUUCCCAAUCUUGGAGGCUCAACGAUGACCAACACGAAAAAUGUGCUUAGGUUAAUAAUCAUUUUUCAGUACCUCCCUAGACUCUUCCUUAUAUUUCCACUUGCAUCCCAAAUUGUAAACGCCACGGGAGUUGUGACAGAAACAGCAUGGGCCGGUGCUGCUUACAACCUAGUUCUCUACAUGUUGGCAAGCCAUGUUUUAGGAGCUUGCUGGUAUCUUCUUUCAAUUGAGAGACAAGAAGCAUGCUGGAAAAGUGCUUGUGAUCAGGAAAGACCUUUUUGUGAGCAUAAAUACUUUGAUUGCCGUUGGCUUAAAGAAUCUGGAAGAAAUUCUUGGUUCAAGUCAAGCAAUAUCACAAAUCUAUGCAAUCCAAAUGAGAGCUUCUAUCAGUUUGGCAUAUACGGUGAUGCAUUGACAACUGAUGUCACAACCUCACCAUUCCUCAACAAGUACUUUUACUGCCUAUGGUGGGGUUUAAGGAAUUUGAGUUCUCUGGGACAAAAUCUUGCCACAAGUACAUAUGUUGGGGAAAUAAUUUUUGCUAUCAUUGUUGCGAUUCUUGGACUAGUUCUCUUUGCAUUGCUCAUUGGUGAUAUGCAAACAUACCUCCAAUCGAUGACUGUUAGGCUAGAAGAAUGGAGAAUCAGGAGAACUGAUACAGAGCAAUGGAUGCGCCACAGGCAGUUGCCUCAAGAAUUAAGGCAAUCAGUAAGAAAAUAUGAUCAGUACAAGUGGCUAGCCACUAGAGGAGUUGAUGAAGAAGCCCUUCUCAAAGGCCUUCCCUUGGACCUCCGGCGUGACAUCAAACGUCAUCUGUGUCUUGAUCUCGUCCGAAGAGUGCCACUGUUUGAUCAAAUGGAUGAAAGAAUGCUAGAUGCCAUCUGUGAGAGGCUUAAGCCAGCAUUGUCCACUGAGGGCACGUUCCUUGUCCGCGAAGGUGACCCUGUCAACGAGAUGCUCUUCAUAAUUCGAGGCCAUCUUGAUUCCUACACCACGAAUGGUGGCCGGACUGGAUUCUUCAACUCAUGCCGGAUUGGCCCUGGUGACUUCUGUGGUGAGGAACUGCUGACAUGGGCAUUGGACCCGCGUCUAAGUGUCAUCCUCCCCUCCUCCACCAGAACAGUCAAGGCAAUAUCUGAAGUGGAGGCAUUUGCUCUUAGCGCAGAGGACUUGAAGUUUGUUGCAUCGCAAUUUAGAAGGCUACAUAGUAAGCAACUAAGGCACAAGUUCAGGUUCUACUCCCACCAAUGGAGAGCAUGGGCUGCCUGCUUCAUUCAAGCAGCCUGGCGCCGGUUUAAGAGGCGAAAGGAAGCAGCAGAACUCAGAGCCAAGGAGAACCUCCAGACUGCUGAACCCGAACCACUCUCCACCACUCCAGGUUUGACCAUGUAUGCAGCAAGGCGAGCAGCUAGCACUAGGAGGGGUGCCAUGCAUUCCAGGUCUGAGUCUGGUGUUGUCAGCCCACUGCAGAAACCGGCUGAGCCAGAUUUUUCUGUAGAUGAGGAAUGAACCAUAACAUUUCUGAAUAAAGCAUUUUUCAUACUGAUGAGCAGCGAAUCUGUGAAUCUCUUUCCUUUUUUUUU